AUCAUGGAUCCAGCACAAAAGGAAAUCGCAAAGAAAGCUUUGAAAGCACUAAAUUCGCGUACAGAACUUGUAGCCCGUCAUUUGGAACCCCUUCUUUCACAUUCAAUGAGUGAAGUUUACACUAAACUCCCCGUCAAUGAGCGAGCACAGUUCCAGGUGCUCAUUUCUUAUGCAAUCAACAGUUUAUUCUAUACAUACUUGCGGACACAAGGCCAUAACCCGCAGGAACAUCAAGUGAUGAAAGAGAUUGAACGUGUGAUGUCUUACGUCGAUAAGAUUAAGCGUGUUGAAGGAAGAGGUCCCAAAGCCUCUAUGAAAAUCGACAAAGGUGCAGCUGCACGGUUUAUUAAGGCUGCUCUUGUAAAUGAUCCUGAAGAGUCCAAAGAAAAUUUGAAGCGCAAGAUUGACAGUACAGAUCAAGAAGAGCCUGCAAAGAAUGAUUCAGAAAAGAAUAAAAAGAAGAAGAAGGAAAACGAGCUUUUAGAGGAAGGUGAGGUCAAGGGUGCUACCUCACGGAGUAAGCGUAAUCGCAUGGAUCCAUUCCAAGGUUAUCAAAAUUAAAAGAAUAAUAAAAAAACAGAGGAUUCUUUGGAUUCUCUCAAGAAGCAUAAACAAACAGUCACGAACAGUUUUGCUCCAUGCACUUGAUAUACAUAUUGAGGGUUUUCUAAUAUUUCAAAAUUAAAAUAUUCAUUUUUUUAUCAUAUAUCAAUUAAAUAAACAUGACGACUUAGAACUAAG